AUGAAGUCGAUCUCCGCUUUCCUCUCUCUUUUUCCCUCCAGCCGGUCGCGGAUUGUCACCGGAAAACAAUACCCGAGGGAGAUCGUGAGAUAAGAUAUUUUAAGAGACUGCAUCUCUCGCCGGCCUGCUCCUCGAAUCGAAAACUCGCGGAGAUGCGCGAGAUCGGCGAAUCUGCGCGUGUCACCGAGGCCGACGGUGUCACACCGAAUAUCUGUGUAUUCGAACAGUCAAGAUUGGAAGCUACGAUACGAACGUGAGUAAGAAUACGAGAAGAAUGCGCGGGAGGACUAUUGCCGUAGGAAUAGCGGAUUAUUCGAAGAGACCCGUCAGCGCCAAUCGCAACAUUCGCAACGCGAUUCGGCGAUCGAGGGAUCGUCGUCCGUGCGGCAAACUUUUCCGAAGAAAAAUCGCUCAUUCGUCGAAUAAGGCGAAGUAAAUGCGAAGAAAAAGGAGAGAUACGGAGCGGUGAGAGGAUUGUACCACGUUUCUUUACGGGAAGAAAUGUGAGACUGGCUAAUGUUGUUCAGAAGAUUUUAAUGCCAAAGAUGAACAAUAGUCGCUACUUAAGAAGACAGUAUUUAUAGCAUUAAGGAUAAGAUUUUAAAUAAUGCAUAAGUCGUAAGAAGAUAAUAUUUCACACAGUUUUGUUCAACCAAAGGAUCGACCAAAGAUAGAAUAUAUAGAUCUAUCAAAAAUGCCACAGUGAUUAUUAAAAAUGCGAUGCAAAUAAAAUAUGUACAAUAUAUUUUUUGACGAUCAAAGGAAGAUAUUUUCUUGCAAACCAAAAAAGGACCGCAGAGACAAUAAUCGAAGAAAAUGAAGUAAGUGAAAUAGAUCUCUUUUUGAAAAAAAAGUCUACAGAAGUUGGGAAGUAUAAACGAAAUAAGAAAAUGUACACAGUUAACAUUUUUUAGCAAGAUCCAUGCGCGUUUUCGGGACUUUCGUUUCAAGUUAUAGGUUCGUGCCGUGCUCGGAAGUGAAAAAGUGGACGAAAAGCGAAACUUUAACGCGGCUGAAAAACGGUCUCGAAAUCAGGAACGGUAGAAAAUAUAGAGAAAGUACGAAAGAGCGACGUGGAAGGACGCGAAGUCCUGCGGCAGCGUUAUUCUGGGGACCCGCCGUGCCCCGGCGUGGCCUCCGAUCUCUUAUUUUGGUAUCGUUCUGAUACCAAAAUGCUGGACAUAUUUCGCGGUCUGAAGAGUCUCAUAAAAAUCUCGCACAUCCACAUCGACAGCGCCGUCUUCCGCUUGCAUUACAGCCUGACUGUGAUCCUGCUGAUAGCGUUCUCCCUGAUCGUCACAACCCGCCAGUACGUCGGCAAUCCCAUCGACUGCAUACACAGUAAGGACCUGCCCGAGGACGUCCUGAACACAUACUGCUGGAUACACAGCACAUAUACGAUAACCGCGGCGUACCGAAAGAAAGAAGGUCUGGAGGUGCCCUUUCCCGGCGUCGACAAUUCCAAAUCGUAUCCCGAAACCGAGCGAAAGGAGUACAGAUACUAUCAGUGGGUCUGCUUCAUGCUGUUCCUCCAGGCGAUCCUCUUUUAUACCCCGCGCUGGCUCUGGAAGGGCUGGGAGGGUGGCAAGAUUCAUGCCCUUAUGAUGGAUCUCGACAUCGGACUCUGCUCCGAGGUGGAGAAAAAGCAAAAGAAGAAAAUGCUGCUCGACUACCUCUGGGAGAACCUUCGCUUUCACAAUUGGUGGGCUUACAGGUACUACCUAUGCGAGGUCCUCGCGCUGCUGAAUGUGGUCGGUCAGAUGUUUCUGAUGAACCGCUUCUUCGACGGCGCCUUUUUGACCUUUGGCAUCGACGUGCUCAGAUUCCUCGAAUCCGAUCAGGAGGACCGAGUGGACCCAAUGAUUUACGUCUUUCCACGAAUGACCAAGUGCACCUUCUACAAGUACGGCGUCAGCGGAGAGGUCGAGAGACACGACGCCGUCUGCAUACUGCCUCUGAACGUCGUGAACGAGAAGAUCUAUGUCUUUCUGUGGUUCUGGUUCCUUUUCCUCGGCGUGCUCAGUUUCUUUACGGUUUUAUAUAGGAUCCUAAUAAUAUUUUCGCCGCGCACGAGGGUCUACCUGUUGCGAAUGAGGUUUCGUUUGGUACGGAGGGACGCCGUGGAGACCAUAGUGCGUCGCAGCAAGGUCGGCGAUUGGUUUCUCCUCUACAUGCUGGGUGAGAAUUUGGACACCGUGAUAUACCGAGACGUGAUGCACGAAUUGGCGAACAAGCUCGCCUCGAGGCAUCACCACGGCGUACCGGGAGUGAAGGGCGAGCUUCAAGAAGCCUGAUCGAGGUUGCCUCGGAGGGUCGGCACGUUCGAUUCGCCGCCGCUGCCGCUGCCGCAGUCCUGCCCUCGACCAUCCGCAUCGCGCGGUCGCCGACGCGUCCGGGGACGACGCGGGACCUGCGAUCGCAGCCGGAGCCUGAGAAGACGAACCGACGGGUCUUCCACGGGGAUCCGCGGGCCCGGUCUCGCGAAGAGACGCGUUUUUCCUUUCCGCCGAUUGUUGCUCGUCGAACUCGAGGCGAUGCGACAGCGAUAGCUGGAUGCCGUAGACGC